GCGACGUUUGGUGUUACUCUCAAAAUGUUCAUCGUUAUUUACAUAUUGGGACCUACAUAAGCAGAAGUGUACUGGCGCCUGGUCAACAUAUUAUUCAGAUGUAGUUUUUAACAAAAAGCAGGAUUUAAGACUUCCAGACUCUUAUUAUUAUCAACAAAUUAGGGUUGGUUAUGGUUCAUUUCCUGGUGUAUUUACUGUUGAAGAUAACCAAGCUGAUAUUAAAACAACUUUUGGAUAUAUUGUGAAAUCUUUUACAGAUAAGUUCAAGCUUCAAACUACAUUUAAACAAGCCUAUGAUCCAGGAGAAAAAGAUUCCAACAGCACCAAAUGGACUGGGCUGAUAGGAAUGAUAGGAUAUAAUGAGGUGGAUCUUGGGGUACCUUCUCUUGGCAUUACCCCAGAAAUCAACAAAUUUGUUGAUCCUUCUUUUUACUACCCUGUAGCUCUACCUAGCUGGACAACAAAGUCUCCAGGGAAAUGGCCUCCAGCUUACAAUAUUCUAAAGGUUUUUGAUAUUUAUGCCUGGUCCGCAAUUCUUGUAAGCCUAGUUUGUGCAACAAUCGUGCUGCUAUUUCUGUCAAAUGUGAUAAAAUCUCUUGGUUUUAACCAGCCGGAUAAUGUACUGAUAGCAUUGCUACCAUUAUCAUUGUUAAAUGCUGAAGGAAUGCCAGACUGGUUUCUCUUCAAUAGGAACCGAGUAUAUUCUGGAAGCAUUUUGAUACUUACUUGGGCCUUAGCAUCUACAUUAUUAACUUUUGCUUUUGCCAGCAAUAUCAGAGCAAUAUUAUUGGCACAAUCUACUGAGAUUCCUGUGGAGACUUCUGCUGAAAUUGUAGAACGAAACAUGUAUCCUAUAUUGGUAGAAUCAGGCAAGAGUUUCUGGUACAACUACUUCAUAACAUCCCCAAACCCAUACCAUGUCAAAUUGAUGGAAGAUGUUGUCAUUGUGGAAUCAGAGAUUGAUGCAGUGAAACAGAUUUAUGAAGAUAAAAGUGCAGUCUUCUUGGGAGAAAGGGGAUAUGUUGAGAACACUUUAAUAAUGAACUCAGAUUUUCUUAAAACUAUUCAAGAUAAAGGACAGCCAUUUCACUAUUGUAAGGAAAAGUUGGGCUAUUCUCACAGUUAUGGUCUUGUUCAAAAGGAUUCCAUUUGGGCAGAACACAUUAAUUAUCAUUUUUUGAUAAGUGAACAGGCUUCUUUUUGGGUGGUCAUUGGAAGAUUAUACCCGUCAAUCAUAUUUGAAGAACCUGCUUUAUAUUUG